GCUGCUGGGCUUGCCGGGGGGUGCUCUGGCCCCAGCGGGCCUGGUGCUGUUUGGUGUGACAGCGUCUGUCUGCAGAGCCCUGUCCCUGCUUCCCCAGCUUCCCAGCAGCUUUCAGAAGCGGACUCCUCGCCACACACACUGCAGACAAUGCCUGCCAGCCCGCAGCCUGGGCCCCCACUCCCUGCAUCCCCUCCAUCCUCGGGGCACUCCACUGGACGGUCACUCUCAGGACACCCAGAGUCUGCCCAGCUGCUGCCCUCAGCCCAGGCUGCACAGAACAUGCUCAGGGCCUGGGGAUGUGGGGUGGGGGACUCCUCCUCCAUUGUCUACACAGCCUGGGGCCAGCCACGUGUCCCCAAGACUCCAAGGACUCCCCAGCUGGGGCCCAGAAAGCAGGGACUCGAGUGGGAGAAGACAGUUUCUUUGGGAGUCUGUCUCGUCCUUAGUCCUCCUUGCCCCAGUUUCUCCUCUAAGGGAAUCAACACUGGACCUGUGGGGUGGGGAGGCCGUGGCCUGGGGUGGGAUGCUUUUGGAGGGAACAUGGGGAUGUGUGAGCAGGAGUGAGAGAGGCAAGGCAAGUGGGGGUGUUGGUGCCAGCUCUGUCAGGGGCUCUGUGCCAUCCUGCUUCCCCCUAGGACCAGGUGUCAUGAGCUCCAUCUCACAGUGGAAACCCCCUUCUCGGGAACUCUAGCUUAGGAGUCCCCCACCUGCCCCUCCGGCCCCUGACCUGCCAUCUGGGCUCCAGGAAGGUGUCGCAGGCCCCAGGGGCUGGGGGACUCUCCUGGCCCGGACGCCAGCUCCUCCCCGACUACACCCAGGCGCAGAGGCUGCGGGACGCCGGAGGAGGAGGAGGGAGGGGCGAACCCCACGCGGAAGUCAGGUAGGAGCGCCCGCCACUGGCAGCUGCUCUCCUGGCCGUCAAACCCCAGCCGGAACUGCAGCCGCAGCCAGCAUGCAGGGCAAAGACAGCCUCCGGAUCCUGGUGGAGCCCGAAGGGGACAGCUUCCCUCUGAUGGAGAUGGGCACCUGUGAGGCCGAGGCCUCUGAGCAGUGGGAAUAUGUCCUCGUGGCCCAUCAUCGCACCCAGGGAGAUCCCCGGCAAGAGCAGUUCCUGGAGGAGCUCAGGAGAAAGGGCUUCCGCACCAAGAGGAUACAGGACCAGAAACGGGUCUUCUUUGGGAUCCGUGCUGACAACAGCAUCUUCGACCUGUACCGCACCCUCCUCCUGGAGCCCGAGGGGCCUGCCCCCCACGCCGAGCUGGCCGCGCCGACCCCCGUCCCGGUCACCACGAGAAUCCGAAUCGUGAACUUCGUUGUCAUGAAGACCAAGACCUCGGCUGGCGAGACCUUCGAGGAUCUGGAAAAGGACGGGGUCUUCGAGGCCAAGUUCCCCCUGCACAAGGGGGAGGAAUACCUGAAGAAGACGUGGGCAGGCUGGAGACACAUGUUCCGCGAGCAGCCAGUUGAUGAGAUCAGGAACUAUUUUGGGGAAAAGGUGGCCCUGUACUUCGCCUGGCUGGGCUGGUACAACUACAUGCUGGUGCCGGCCGCCCUGACAGGCCUCUUGGUUUUUCUGAGCGGAUUCUCGCUGUUUGAUGCCAGCCAGAUCAGCAAGGAGAUCUGUGAGGCCCACGACAUCCUCAUGUGUCCCCUCGGCGACUACAGCCGCAGGUACCAGCGGCUCUCGGAAACCUGCACUUUCGCCAAGCUCACUCACCUCUUUGACAAUGACGGCACGGUGGUGUUCGCCCCCCCCCUGGCUCUCUGGGGUGAGUUGCUGCGGGACGCCGCUGCGGGGCCGGGGGAAGUGCCAGCCUGAGCUCCAAGGUCCACCCGGCGCAGCGCAGUGAUGCCCCCCCUUGCCCCCGCCACAGCCACGGUGUUCCUGGAGAUCUGGAAGCGGCCCCCCCCCCGCGUGGUCCUGCACUGGGACCUGUACACGUGGGACGAAGACCAGGAGGAAAUGGCACUUCAGCCCCCCCACUGCCCUGACUACAAGCUCCGGCCACACCAGCACUCCUACCUGCCCCCCCCCGUCAUCCUCAUCCUGUCCCUGAUCAUGAUCUGCCUCAUGAUCGGCAUGGCCCACAUCCUGGUGGUCUACCGCGUCCUGGCCUCUGCACUCUUCAGCAGCUCGGCCCUGCCCUUCCCCCCCGAUCAGGUGACCACGGCAGUGGUGGUGACCGGAGCCCUGGUGCACCCCCCCACCAUCAGCAUCAUGACCAAGCCCAUUCGGUGCCCUCCUCCCCCCCUCAACAAGUACGUGGCCCUGAAGCUUUGUGACUUCGAGAUCCCCCCCACCCACUCGGAGCGAGAGAGCAGGUUCACCAUCCGCUUCUUCACCCCCCCCUUCUUCACCCAUUUCUCGUCUCUCAUCUAUAUCGCCUUCAUCCUCCCCAGGAUCAACGGCCCCCCCCCGAAGUCCACGCGCCUGGCAGGCUUGUGGAAACUGGAAGAGUGCCACGCCAGCGGCUGCAUGAUGGACCUGUUCGUGCCCCCCCCCAUCAUCAUGGGCCUGAAGCAGACACUCAGCAACUGCGCGGAGUCCCCCCCCCCGUGGGUGACCCCCCCCCUCCGCUCUCUGCGGGCCUCCAAGGCCGGGCACCUGCCCCGGGACCCCCCCCUCAGGGACUGGCGGCGCAACUACCUUCUGAACUCUGUCAACAUCCCCCCCCUGUUCGACGAGUUCAUGGAGAUGAUGAUCCAGUACGGCUUCACCACCAUCUUCGUGGCCGCCUUCCCGCUGGCGCCGCUGCUCGCGCUCUUCAGCACCCCCCCGGAGAUCCGCCUCGACGCCAUCAAGAUGGUCUGGCUGCAGCGGCGCCUGGUGCCGCGCAAGGCCAAUGACAUCGGGACCUGGCUGCACCCCCCCGAGACCAUCGGUGUGCUGGCGGUCAUUGCCAACGGGUUGGUCAUCCCCCCCACAUCUGAGUUCAUCCCCCGCAUGAUCUACAAGUACCGCUAUAGCCCCCCCCUGAAAGAAGCCAACUCCACUGUCGACUGCCUCAAGGGCUACGUCAACCACAGCCUGUCCGUCUUCCACACCCCCCCCUUCCAGGACCCGGAUAGGAUUGAGGGCUCAGAAAAUGUGACUCCCCCCCCAUACAGGGACUACCGCAAUCCCCCCCCCUACAACUUCUCCGAGCAGUUCUGGUUCCUCCUGGCCAUCCGCCUGGCCUUCGUCAUCCUCUUUGAGCCCCCCCCUUUGUGCAUCAAGCUCAUUGCGGCCUGGUUCGUGCCCGACGUCCCCCCCCCAGUGAAGAACAAGGUUCUGGAGGUGAAGUACCAGAGGCUGCGUGCCCCCCCGUGGCAUGGAAGGCAGAGGCUGGGCGGGGUGGGGGCAGGCUCUCAGCCCCCGAUGCCCACCCAUGCCACCCCAACCUCCAUCUUCAGUGCCAGGACCCCCCCCGUGUAGGGCCAGAGCCCGUCUAGAGGCCACUAGGAGCUGAGACCCCCCCCCCACCAGCACCUCCCACCAGCUCACCGCUAUGCGUGUUGAGGGGCCCCCCCAGAAGGCCAUGCCUAUGGGGGGCCACAGGAGUCCCCUGUAUGUUCAGGGCAUCUGGGAGCCGCCGGCCUGUUCCGCCUGCUCCGUCUUUGUGGGGCCCCCCCGGCUUGGCACAGACCUGACUUGAACUCUGGGUGAUUCCGGGCACCCCCCCCACUGGGAGUAGGGGGCUCUUCAGGCAGCCACAAGGCAGGAAAACCCCCCCCAGUUUCCUGGGCCUCCCUCUGACUUCUGGGCGCCAGAUCCGGCCCCCCCCCCAUCCUGGCUGUUGGGGGUAGCCUGAGCCCACCUUGCUGGCCUGUUCCCUUCAGCCAGCAGCGGCUUCUGUAAUAAAGUUAAACCUGUC